AUGAUUAAAAAAGUCAAUUUCAGAGUCUUUGAUGUCGGUGGUCAAAGAUCGGAACGGAAGAAAUGGAUUCAUUGUUUCGAGAACGUGAACGCUAUCAUUUUUAUAGCUGCUGUUAGUGAAUAUGAUGAAGUGCUCUUCGAGGAUGAGACGACG